GAAGCUUGCGCUUGUCGAUAAACCUCUUGUGUACGUUGUCGAAGUCAGCCACUAAUAAACUGUGUGACAUUUAUCUUACAUCUAGUAAAAGUGAUCUAGGAUCAUAUUCCAUCAGAAAUGGACUCUUCUGAGCAUGGUUCUUCAAUGACAUCUACAGGUGUAGCCAGCGGAGGAACUCUGCCUCCAGGCCUGACAGAGGAAGAGGCAGAAGAACUGCAGCUGGAACUCACCAAGGUGGAGGAUGAGAUUCAGACACUGAGGCAGGUUCUUACAGCAAAGGAGAGGCACGCCGCAGAGCUGAAACGCAGGCUUGGCAUCAGUCCCCUCUCUGAACUCAAACAGAACAUUACCAAGGGCUGGCACGAAGUCCAGUGCUCCAAUGCAUAUCUAACAGCCUCGGCCACACUGGAGGACAUUAGCCGCUCUAAUGCGUAUAAGAGGACUCAGGAGACUCUGUCUCAGGCUGGUCAGAUGACAUCAGCUGCGUUCUCAACAAUGGGCUCUGCAAUCAGAAACAGACUGGGAGAGAUGAAGGCUCUGCCAUAUUCUAACUCUGGUAGCAGCUUUUCCAUGCGUCACUCUUUAAGUAUGCCAGCAAUGAGGAACUCGCCAAGCUUUAAAUCCUUCGAGGACAAGGUGGAGAACAUGAAGUACAAAGUAAUGGGACAAACGAAUGGUGAGAGUGACCAUUCGACAACCAGCAACAAUGCACCCUUCUGAGCAGGAAGUACAACCUCACGACCAAGAACUGACAUCUGUGACCCAUUUAACCCCUUAUACACUCCAGUCCACAGCUCUAUUAACUUCAACUGAAUGUAUAAACAGAAAACAAUGCUUUAAUAUGUUAAGAUGCCAACAUGCAAAGAUUGUAAUUUUUACUUCUACAGUUUGUGUUUGACUUUCACCCUUGAAAAUGUAUUGUAGCCAAACUGUUAAGCAAAACCUUUUUAAUAAGCAUAUUUGGAAAAACUGGAGAACACCUCUUGUGAUCGUUGUUGGAGAACAUGCUCUGUGCACCAAAUUACCUUUUAUUAUGGUUUCUUUGUCAGAAACACAGGGCUUCUCUGAUACUUUAGAUCAGCAUCAAGAUGUGAACUGUUUGCACAUCUCACACACUUUGAGUGUGCUAAAACUGUAAGGCAUCCUUAGCCUGGUCUGUUGCCACUGUUCAUUAUUGUUAUUGUUCCUGCAUUGAAAAUUGCACUUGUAAUUACCCUGCUAAUUAAAGGCUUGUUACUCAGGGCAAAAGGUGCUAAGCUUUCCUUAUGAUGAGACCCAUGCAUCUGAUAUGAAUAGCAUUUCUGAAGAUGUAUACAAAAUGAUUUCAUGAUUGUUUCAAGUCAUAAUGAAAAAAAAAAAAACAACUACAGCCUAUCUGGCAUUUUCUAACAAAGCAAAGAUAUCUCCAGUAUGUUAAGAGUGAAUGAAAAAAUUCUUCAAGCAAACUACACCUUAGGUUUUUUUUUUUUUGCUUCUUUUUCCUCCAACUUAGUUUAGCGUGUGUUGAAUUGUUGUUAAUUUAGUUUUUUGAGGCAUACUAAAAACUUCACAGGGAUUUUUUUUCUCUCUCUCUAGAUAAGUAUUAAAUACUUCUUACUAUUGGUGUUUUUCCCUUGGUUGCCUACAGUAUAUUUUAGAGUGCUGUGUCUAAUAUAGAUUGUAAGGUUUUUUUUAAUGUUAAUGGUUAAUGGAGUUAAUGGUGGCUGAAUUAUUUAAUUUACUAAUCAGGUGCCAGACUUGUAUUUCAGUGUAAUCUGAAAAGCAGAAAAAUCAAUGAAAUUGCUCUCUCAUUUGGAUUUGUGGAUUUGAAAUGCUUUAACCUUAAAUAUUGUUGUGCGUAUACCCCUCCUCCCCACUUUUUUGGGCAGUUUGUUGUUUUGCAUUUGGUUCUUUGUACUUUCUUGGCUGAUGCUGAUGAAAGUACUGGUGAUUCAAAGGUCUGUGAAAUAAUAAUGUUAUAAUGGUGACCUAAACACUG